CGUGCUAAUGGAAAAAUAAUUUGUCUAUUUUUUAGCAAUAAAAGUGACAUAUUCCUUUAAGAGAAGCCAUGCCCUCUCAGCUUUGCGCAUGCGCAGUGUCAUUGUGAGUCACGUGGAAAGCGUGGCUCCGUUCUCCUUCAGCAGCAAUUGUCCGGUGUGGAGGAUGAGCUCAGGUGACGGGACCAGGAGGAAGGUCUCCCAGCUGCAGCACUUCAACAACACGUUCGACCCCGAAACACUGACUGAGAUUCAAGGUAUUUUUAGUAAAAUCAGAACAUAUGUGAAACCUUCUGGCGGGGAGUGGUGCGUCCCCGACCCCAACGCCGCUCUGAGGCACUGCGCGGAGGAGCACCCGGGCCUGCAGGCCCUGAAGGCGUCGCUGAACGAGGUCAAGAACCAGCUCAGCGACAAGAACGUCGAGGUCUGGCAUCAGCACACCAACUCCACCAAUCGGGCCGGGAAGGUGAUCGCUGCCGUGCGCUCUGCUGCCAACGCGGAGAUCUGCACUCAGGCCUGGUGCAAGUUCUUUGAGAUCCUGGGAACCUUCGACCUUCUUCCCGAGGAGGCUCUUCAGAACGGAGAGCUGAACACGGUCCACCUGUGUGAAGCUCCGGGGGCUUUUAUCACCGCUCUGAACCACUACACCAAAACCAGCGAGUCCACGCGCCACUGCGACUGGAGCUGGGCCGCCAACACCCUCAACCCGUACCACGAGGCCAACGGCAGCGGCGCCACAAUCGCCGACGAUCGCUUAAUCGCCAACACGCUGCCCUGGUGGUUCUUUGGAUCGGACAACACGGGCAACGUCAUGAUCCAGAAACAUUUGCUGGAGCUGCAGGCGUUUGUGGCCAACAUGCGCAGGGUCGACGUGGUGACGGCAGACGGCAGCUUCGACUGUCAGGAGAAGCCGGACGAGCAGGAGGCGCUGGUGGCGUCGCUGCUCCACUGCGAAGCCACCGCCGCGCUGCUGCUCCUGAGCCCCGGCGGCUCCUUUGUGCUGAAGAUGUUCACCCUGUACGAGCACUCCUCCGUCUGCCUGCUCUACCUGCUGACCUGCUGUUUCCGGUCCGUCAACGUCUUCAAGCCCGCCACCAGCAAGCCGGGCAACUCCGAGGUGUACGUUGUGUGUCUGCACUACGACGGCAAGGAAGCUGUGCGGCCCCUGCUCGCCAAGCUGAUCCGCAACUACGGGCCACAUCUGGCCGACCGAGAGGCGCUUUUCCCGAACGCGCUUGUUCCGGAGUCGUUUCUGAAACAGCACGAAGAAGUGUGCUCGUACUUCCACGCGCUGCAGGUGGAGACCAUCACAGAAAACCUGCGGCUGUUUGAAGGAAUGAGCAGCGAGCAGAGGCAGCGUCUCGACCACAUCAGGGACUGCACGGCUCAGCAAUACCUGCAGCGCUUCCAGGUGAACUUCCUCCCACGAGGUCGGUGGGUCUCUCGUAACACGGUGAUUCCCGCCUGCUGCGGCGCCUCGGCGGGCCGACCGCUGGCCCAGAAGAAGCAAACGGGCUCCUUCAACGAGCGGAGGGAACUGCAGACCCUGAGCUGGAGGCAGCGCAUCCAGAGAGGAUGCCACGCAGCCUGGGUGCAGACGCACUGCAGCGAGGCCUCGGGGUCAGGCUGCGCGCUGGAAGGACCCCUGUCCGGCUGUCAGGAGGAUCUGUGGUACGUUGUCGUCGGAGCUGCGCUGCCCGACGUCAGAAACUCUGCGUUCUGCGACGGAGGAUUGCUGACCCGCGUGAAUGAAGCCCUGCUGCAUACGGCAGCAGACUGGACUCGCACGCCCCCGUGCGACUCCUGCCACGCGCUCCACCCGGCCUCCGUCUUGUCCGACGUGGCGGGUCUUUGCGCCGUCCCGGCGGACUUCGAUGGGAACGGAGAGCCGAGACGGUGUUUGGUGCUCGGCAGCCGCUCCGCGUGGGACGCCUGUGAGGGCCAAUUGGGGGAUUUAGUCUUAACCUUUUCUGCAGCGCCGUCGGCUCCUCCAGGAGGCUGCAGCACGCUGCAUGACGGGCAUCCGCUGUACCAGCAGCAGCUUCUGGGUUGUGUUGUGUUCUCCCUGCAGACACUGAACUCCGGGGACGCGCUGCUGCUGCCUCUGUUAUCGGCCUUCACCCGUGUCACCGCGGCUGUUGUGCUCUGCCUGCACGCGUGUUUUCGCGUGGUCACGUUCAGGUGUCCGCCCCCCUGCGGCAAAGUCGGGGCAGUGCUUGCGUGUGCAGGCUUCUGCCCCGAAGCCGCCGCACGACUGCUCCCCGUUCUCACCGAUGUCCAUAACUGCAUGAGUCAGAUGUUAAGAGGAGAAGAGGAAACUGGUAAGAAUCCUCUGCCCGGGGGUCAGAGUCAGGUGCUGCAGUUUGUUCCCAUGGAGCAGCUUCUCACAGGAGGAGUGGCUGAGUUCCUGCGGACCAUGAACUGUGAAAUCAUCCGGCAGCAGCUGCAUUUGCUCAUGCAAUCAUAGUGCAGUCGAGGGAGCUAAAUCUCUGCAGGAACCACAUUCGACGAGCAAAUAAACUGUGGUCGAGUUGGCUCCUCCGUAUCCCAGUUUCAGGCAGGCUUCACCUCAAGUGAACGAUAAUUUAAUCAUAUUUGUAUUUUAUCUCAGUAAAAAUCAUAUCACAGUUAACAGCUGUCCAUUUUUUGAGGGGUGUUUUUCUUUUGCAGGUAAUUUUAGGUCAUUGCUCGCCUCCCAAUUUGCAAGUGUUCCACCAGAGCAAGUUCCUAUUUAGUAAGAGCAUGUUUGCUGCAUCCUGGGCAAUACUGUGAUUGGUGAAACUCAAACAAGCCCGAGCGGUUCUUCCCCUGAAGCAGAAUGAUAAUGGGUGCAGCCAGACCUUUCUCCAGCACUGACACAUUGCUGUGGAGAUGUGGAGCGAGACUAAAUGAGCUGUGACUCUGGGCCGUUCACAGUCUGUUUUAUUCUCGGUGACUGUUUUUUCCAGAGGGUUAGUCGCUGAAUCAUUUUGAUGCUGAUUUCAAAAGAGGAGAAUUAAACUGAUUCUGCACAAGCAGAGAUUGUGUCUUUUUACUCCAUGCUUUCCUCACGUUAAAACCAUGGAAUGUGACAUCAUUACUAGCAUUACAAGGACUUUCUGAAUAGUAUAUUACCAAGUGUACAACCAUAAAAAACAAAAGGAAUUUUGUCAUGGUUUUCUCAACAUGUUUUUGGUGAGCGGAGUUAUGAAUCAAAAAGUGAAGCGCCUCUGUAAUACUGAAAAUGUAAGGCUGAUUUCUUUAAUUCAAUUAUUUUUAAUAUUUUACACACAUUUACAUUAAAUUAUUUUAUUUUUUUAGUAAACAUUAAUACUAGUCAGUGCUCCAUGAUGGUGACUAUAUUUUUUUCAUAUAUAUUUAUAAAACUAAAUAAAAUCAGUCAAUUGUCUCUACCAAUGAAUCAUUAACCUCUGAUGUGAAAUAAGUCAAACCUUCACUCCACUAUUCUUAAGCACCCGUGUCAUUGUGUUCCAACAAAAUGUAAGUGUGCUACAUGCAAAGCUUUUGACGACCUGCAGGCGACAACAUUGUCUAAUGAUACAAGCUCGCAGUGCAUAAAAAUGCAAAUUACUUUCAGCACUUGAUCAGCAGAACUCAUCUGUCACUGAAUUCCCUGAGGGAUUUAGGGAGGUUGAAUAAACAAUAGUCCAACCCUCAGCAACAAACCUCCCGUCAGACACAGAUGUUUUCCAAUGAAAUGCACAACACAAAGACCCUGGAGUUUUACUCUCAAGUGCUUGUUGUGUUUUUACAAACAUUUCAAACCAGGGAGGUGGUGAUUUUUUGUUGUUGUCAUUUUACAUUCAGCUUAUGAAAUGACUUACUGUUUAACAAUUAAUUUUUUCUUUUGUGCCCAGUGACAAAAACAAUUAGCCACAUUUGAAAGGACAGGUUGCGUGCACAGAAGCAUUUUAUACUGCAUGAGCUGCAUUUCUUGUUUCAUUAUUUGAGCGUUGGAGAACAUUGAAGUUCACAAUAAAGCAGUAGAAUUAUCUCUGAGCAGAGCGAGGUUCUGAUUAGAUUUAAAGAAAUGACUAAAGCUAAUUUAUGUUUAUAUAUACCUGCUUAAAUUAAUGAAUUUAAGCUCGUAGCUUGUAUCUUAAAUUAACUACAUACAACAGAAGAAAAUAAUCCUCUGAGAAAAAGCUUCUCAAGAUACCAAACAAGUCAUCAUAUGGUCCAGUAUCCUCAUUGUUGAACUAUCAUAGACAUUGAGUUUUUGAAUUAGACAAAUAAACAAUUCUAAAUGUAUCAUACCUUAUCAUGCAUUCAAUAGAACCAUCUGUGGUUAAAAAAGUAAUAUUUCACAAAUCCCUCCUGUGUGUGUGUGUUUUAGUCAUAUAAUUUGGUAUUAUGUAUUGUGUGCCAGAAAUGUAAU